AUGCUGGGCGCAGAGGAAAGUGCAGUGCUGCUGGCCUCGGCCCCCACGCUCAGCUGGAGCAGGCACCAGACUCCAGGGCCUCUGUGGUGCUCCGAUGCCCCUCACCCACAGGUGAAGAUCCCGGGUGGGCGAGGGAACGGCAGGGAUCACCCUAUCAAUGUUACCCGCUAUAAGGAUGCCAAGCUGACGGUGACGCAGGUGACAUGUGCCAGCGGCUCGUCCUGUGUCCUGCUCUUCGAGUACCGGCUGUCGGAGCAGGCAAGCUGGCGAUGGGAGACCGUCCUGUCCUCCGGCAAUCUCUUCCUGGGCAUCUCAGAGGGGGCCCUCCCGGACGGCAGUAAAGAGGGUCUAUCCAGUCUGUUGGAGUUUGCCGAAGACAAGCUGAAUGUCGGCCACGUGUUCGUGUGGUUUCAUAAAAACAGGGAGGACUUGAUGUUCCUGACCAGGUCAUUUUACUACAUGGGCUUUGAGACGGUGAAACCGGGCCAUCCACUGCUGCCGCCGUCUCAGCCUGACGUCCUCUUCAUGGUCUACCACAUGGAGCCCAGUGGCCACUGUGGAGAAGAGUGAUGGCUGAUGGGAAACAGGAAGCAGGAAACAGGCCUGGGAUGGGCUGCUCAUCUGGCAUAAUGUACAGUGCAUUUUCCUUGGUGGGCCCACAGUCCCAAAGGGCUGCCUGAUACUGCUGUUUAUGGUUUUGUUUCUUUGUAUGUUCUUAAGGCUUUUUUCCGCUGGUGGUUUUCUGGUAGGCCUACGUACAGCUCGACAUAGUGUGACUCGGAUGCCACUUUUUGCUUUUUGAUUGGGCAAGACACAGCUCAAUUGUAGAGCAAAAAGUGGCGGCCGAGUAGCGCUGUGUGGAGCUGUAGGCCUACCAGAAAACUGGCAGUGGAAAAGAGUCUUUUAGGGACUGACCCCCAGUUUAGACGGAGCGGCCCAUUGGCCCAUCAUCUGCAACAUACGGUAGAUAGUGGACUGAAUCAAACAGGAAGUAGUACGAACAUGGGUCGUACUGUACUGUAUGUGUGUGAACCAGUUUAAGCCAAAAAUACCUGGCUGGUUUUUACACUAGAGUCCAGCCCUAAUGGGAACCACUGUGGUGGAGAGCGAUGUUGAGACCAGCAGGUUAUCGUACAUACAGUACACAAUGCAGCUCUCCCAAUUAGACUUCCUUCCUACACUCUCUACAUGCAUCAAGUUAAUGUCAUUAGGUCUUUAUCAGAGUUAGGGUUCCACUUACGUAUGGUUGCACCUCACCUCACCAAAGUCUUUAGUGACCUAAUGGUCUACGUGAUGGCAGGGCAGCCAUUGACGAAAGACUUACCGUAAGUCAGUCAUCCUAUUAGUCAUGCGUGUCUGUGUUUGUUUGUUGGCGUUCUAUCUGUAGGCCUACUCCCCUGCUAUUCUUUUUAUUCCCUCAGCAUAUCUGGUUUAACAGGGUCACUUGGUGCUAAUGAUGACGAGAAGUUAUUAUUCUCUGUCAAAAGCAUCUAUAAAACGCUUACUGUGUAUGUCUAUGAUUCCUGUUAUUGUGUUGGUAACUUUCCACUGUCGUGUAAAAAGUCUGUUCCAUGCCAUGGGGAUACGGAAGAGAUGACGCUUGGUGGUGGUGACAUGUCAGUUCACAGGUGACAUGUCAUAACAGUUCACUGAAAUGCAUACGGCGAAGGAUUGACUGUACAAGAUGGAGGGCAAAAAGUAGCACUUUAUUAUUACAGAUGUCUUUAUUUUCAUUCAAAGCAUUCUACUUUUUUUGUGUGUUAUUUUACUUUCACUGCCUCUAUAGAGAACGCCUGUUUCUCAGCACUUUAGUAUGUGUUGCAAUGUAAUGUCCUGCUUGAGCAAUUGACCAAUGUAUCAUUUAAACUUCACCUGUUUAGGGACCUGCAUGCCUGCACUUUUCUUAAGGUCAGUUAACUCAAGUGAACGAUCUACUUCAAUCAUGGACAGACGAUAGUCAAAUGCCACAUUUUUUCCAUCCAUUCGCCAAACCUGAGGAUUCUAAGUAAAACAUCUCUUCAGCCAGAUAAAAAGAGAUUGGUAGGAGCUAAAAGGUUACAUCAUAUGUUGUUUCAUCUGCUUGAACCAGCUGAUUGGAAACACACGGUACAGAUUUUGUGGCUUCCAAAUCCAGGCUGCACCUUACUAUGUUACUGUAUGAUAGGUGGUGUACAGUUUUUCUUGCACAUGUAAGAAUGAUAAUCACUGUAAACAACAAAGUCAUGUCUUAUUCCAGUUGUAUAAUAAACAGUAAUCUUAUCU